AUGCCCACCACUGCCCCAUCGUCUGCGUCGCCAACGGUCGUCCGCAGCCAUUCCACUUCCUCCCGAUCUCACGCCUACCGACCUGCGUCGGAUCUUCCUCACCGAACCCGAAGCGUGGCCGCCAGGCCCUCGACUGCGUCACAGUCUGCUCAACAGCAGCAGUACCAGCCGCAGUCGUAUCAUUCUCACUCCAAGUCUCACUCCUACGAUCGCCGACCUCCCUCGAAUCAAGCGGUAUUUGAUAAUAUAGCUCGGCGGGACUUUGAGGCCUCGAGGGGUACCAACCCGGUGUCUUCCCGUCGGAACCCUUCCAAGGAGCGUUCCCAGGAGCGCCCGUCCGCCGCAUACCGUUCCGAACCGGCAAAGAAACAUCAAAGAAAUCUUUCAGUGCAAGGUCACCAGAGGGACAGCAUAGGCAUGGCUGCAGCCGGGUCGGAGGGGGCUACCGGAGCCCCGCAACCUGCUUCCGGGUCGCAUGCACAGGCUGCUGCUCCUGUGCAGCCCAAGCGUCGCACAACCAUUACCACACCGUCAGGCCAGUGGGCCUUGGGUAAAACCAUCGGUGCAGGAAGUAUGGGAAAGGUUAAACUUGCGAAAAAUGUUGAAACGGGAGAACAGGUGGCCGUCAAGAUUGUACCAAGACAGUCGACCGAAGAACAUCGCAAUUCCCGAGAAACCGAAAGGGCAGAUCGCUCAAAGGAAAUCCGAACCGCACGGGAAGCCGCUAUUGUCAGUCUCGUGAACCAUCCGUAUAUCUGUGGAAUGCGAGAUGUGGUGCGGACCACCUAUCAUUGGUACAUGCUGUUUGAAUAUGUCAACGGUGGACAAAUGCUGGACUAUAUCAUCUCCCAUGGAAAACUAAAAGAAAAGCAAGCCCGGAAGUUCGCCCGCCAGAUUGCCAGCGCGCUCGAUUACUGUCAUCGAAACAGCAUCGUGCAUCGCGAUUUGAAAAUCGAAAACAUUUUGAUCAGCAAAACUGGUGACAUUAAAAUCAUUGAUUUCGGUCUCAGCAAUCUGUUCUCCCCAAGAAGCCUUCUAAAGACAUUUUGUGGCUCUCUCUACUUUGCUGCUCCGGAGCUGCUGCAGGCAAGACAGUAUACCGGGCCAGAAGUGGAUGUUUGGAGUUUUGGUAUUGUUUUAUAUGUUUUGGUUUGCGGGAAGGUGCCUUUUGAUGACCAAAGCAUGCCACAACUUCAUGCAAAGAUUAAGAAGGGUGUUGUCGAAUACCCUCAAGGGCUGACUGCAGAAUGUCGUCACAUCAUCUCGCGCAUGUUAGUGACGGACCCCAAGCAGCGUGCAAGCUUGGCGGAGAUCAUGAACCAUCCUUGGAUGAAUAAAGGGUUUAACUCUGUCCCGGAUAACUAUCUCCCCAACCGCGAACCAUUGCAACUUCCAUUAGACUCGGAUGUCAUUGAGAAAAUGACGGGCUUUGAUUUUGGGCCCCCAGACUACAUUACGGCGCAGCUCACCAAAGUACUGGAGUCGGAGGAUUAUCAACAUGCCGUUAAAACAAAUUUGCGUGAACAACCUCCCCCCAGUCACAUCGAAAAGAAGCGAGGCGUAUUUGACUUUUACAAAAGACGAAACUCGGCCAGUAGAGAUACACUCUCAGCUCCUUCCGCCGAAGCUGUACAGCUGGGAACCGAUCCUUUGAAUGCAUACAGUCCAUUGCUUUCAGUUUACCACCUUGUCAAAGAGAAACUUGACAGAGAAAGAACCGAGACCAGACCGGGUGCUCUUGGUGUUCCCCAUUCAUCUGGUGACUCAAUGCUGCAAAUGCCUGAUCUCCCAGCGCCGGAGGCCGCUCAUACGAAUCAAUACCAGAUCCCUGGAGAGAGGGACACUGGAAGAAGAUCUCGCCCCCGGGCUAGGACACACGGCGAUGAUGACGUUACGGAAGGCAUCAAGAAUCUCAAUAUGACCGCGAACUCUGGACAGGCCCAUCCUGCACCUGCUGCUUCCCAACCGGAGACUCCCGCGAAGAAGGAAAGCACUGCUGCAGGCAUCCUGAGGCGUUUCAGCACUCGCAAGCCCAAGGAUCGAUAUCGUGACAUCGAUCGUGAAAAGAUUGGAAGUCCGCAAGCACCUUCGUUGAACGUCCAACCCCCUGCUGAUUCGGCCUCUCCACUACAUAGAGGAUUUAGCAUGCGGAGAGCCAGACGGCCUAACCCCUCCCUAACAGCUAUUCCCUCUGGCGGAAGCCAACAACGACACCAAGAUCUUCUCAAGGCUCCAGGACAAGAAGAGCAGGCCUCACAAUCCAACAAGUUUUUGGAGAGAUCCACAAGUGUCAACUCAGCAGACUAUCGACCGCGAAGAGCAGCGCGCGGAGGCGAAGGAGAGACGACAGAUCCCGCUGGUGGAAGUCAACCACCUCAAACCAGUGGGUCCGAUUAUUCUGGAUUGAAUGGACCAAAGGACCACACCGGUGAAAAGGAGACGAGAUCUGGCCGUACACAUACUGCUAGGACAAUGUCUCUGGGCCAUGCUCGUCGGGAAAGCAUACAGGCUCGGAGAGCUCGACGGGACGCUACAAGAGAAGCUAAUGUUCCAGAGGAGACUGAUGCGGACAUCUCUGGUGCAGGAACUGCGCUAGAGAGUGCGAAUGAAGGCGAAGAUCUUUCGAAGCCGGUCUACCUCAAGGGUCUUUUCAGUGUUUCGACAACCAGCAGUAAGCCCCUGCCGGUCAUCCGUGCCGAUAUUAUCCGUGUUCUGAAGCAGCUUGGUGUGGACUAUGUGGAGAUCAAGGGAGGCUUCAGCUGCCGCCAUGCUCCUAGUAUUGAACUGGACAAGGUGGUUGAUGUUGGUCCCCCAAGUCCUGAUCGACAGGGCCAUGUUUCCAACAACCACCGCAGACGCAUUAGUUUUGGAGGGCUGCUCAACCAUGACGACGGCAAAGAAGAACCGCGGUCAGGCCACGCAUCUCGACCUUCGCGCCGGAGCCAGGGCCCGCCGGACCGCAGCUUUGUUACCAACUCUGAAGGAUCGGACGAGUAUGUUGCGCCUAGAGACCAGAAUGUGGCCGUCGGAGAACGGGUUAUGGGGGAGACCACUACCCGAGUCCAGAGCGACACUGGGGAAAACCUAGUCCUCCGAUUCGAGAUCCUCCUUGUCAAGGUUCCGUUGUUCUCGCUGCACGGUAUCCAGUUCAAAAAGGUAUCUGGUGGCAUGUGGCAAUACCGGGAGAUGGCAAAGAAGAUCUUGGAUGCAUUGAAGCUUUGA